AGCUAGAGUAUUUUUUUAAUUAAACUAUAUAUGUGAAUGAUUUAUAUACUGUUUGCGAGAGUUACUGCUUCAAUGUCCUGCAGUGAUGGCUUGUUUUUAUUUAAUUUUGGUUUUAGCCGCGGCGUUAGAUUGUGGAUCAACUUUUAUUUUAGAAAAUGCUGCUCACAAGUCGAUAAAGUGGCCAAAAGAGUAUCAUUUGAGAGGCGAAGAAGAUAACUAUCUGUCUGGUAUCAUAACACGUUUUGAAACGUGGUACAGCUCAAGCACAAACAGAUCUCGUGUUGACUACAAUGGAGGCACUGUCAGGGAAUACUAUACAGUGUCAAAUAGCUCUGAAGAGAUAAUAUUUUUCAAGAUCAAUCCCGUCGCAUCGGAAGAAUUGACCAAUAAACUCGAAUGUAGAGAAGCGAGGUAUAUUGAACUGUUCAACAUUCUGCCAGACCCCAAAAAUUAUACAUUUAAAGGGCAUGAGAUGUACAAUGAAAAAUUAGUAGACAUUUGGAAGUAUGUCGAAGAAAAAGAUAAAGACGAGAAAAAAUCAGAAAAGACAUUGUAUGUGUAUCAACAGGAUGGCGAAGAUAUACCUGUAUACGAAGAAAUAAAGAAGCACAACUUAUGGACGGGUGCGGUAGACGAGCAUAAAGUCAAACGGUUCUACGACUUCAAAAAGCCCACAGUUGAAGCCCUGGAUCAUCAUAAAGAGAAAACAUGUAAUGAAUCUCUACUUACUGUUCUUGAUUCAACAAUGAACUAUGAACUUCUAUCAAAUGACGAAGAUGAGUUUAACAGGUAUAUUAUUCGUCAUAACAAGAAGUACUCAGAAGAUGAGCACGAGAUUCGGAAACAGAUAUUCAAAGAUAAUAUGAGGCGCGUAAUUCGCCACAAUCAACAAAAUUUAGGUUACAAACUAACUUUAAACAAGUUUUCUGAUCGAACUCAUGAAGAGCUGGCGUAUCUGAGGGGUGCGCUACCCUCCUUGGAGCACGUGGGGUCGGUGCCCUUCCCGCACUCUGAGGAGGAGGUGGAACUGAUGGCGCGGGAGUUGCCGACACAUUACGACAUGAGGACCGAGGGUUUCAUCACCUCUGUCAAAAAUCAAGCAGAAUGCGGUUCUUGCUGGGCGUUCGCUACAGUGGCCGCUGUGGAGGGAGCUAUAGCGCGUCACAAUGGCGGACGGAACCUGGACCUCUCGGAGCAGUCACUGGUUGACUGCGCUGGAGGAUUUGAUUCUUAUGGCUGCGAUGGUGGUUUUAUGGAAGGCACCUUCAAAUACGUUCUUAAACAUGGGAUUCCGUCUGAAAUGGAGUACGGGUUGUAUUUAAGCAAGGAAAACUGGUGUCACCUGCGGAACAUGACCUCGGUGCACAAGAUCAAAGGCUUCGCCGCCGUGCCUCUGCUCAGCGUCAACGCCAUGAAGGUGGCGCUGUACAAGUACGGGCCCGUCACCGUCACCAUCAACGCUAACGACAAUGUCGACGUUUACCACAGCGGGAUUUUCUACGAUCCCACAUGUAACAAGAGGCGUAUGAACCACGCGGUGACAGUGGUAGGCUACGGGCAGCGCGAAGGCGUCGACUACUGGAUCGUGAAGAACUCCUGGGGCGAGGACUGGGGGGAGGACGGGUACAUCCUGUUCUCCGCCACCAACAACAACUGCCACAUACUUGAGGGUGCCUACUACCCCGUCGUCUAGUUAGAGCGUCAAGUUACUUUGCCUUAUAGAGAUAGAAUUCCGUUAGCGUAUUGUUUUGUUGUCUUGGUUAUUGCCUUCAUCUUUAGCCUGUAUUCGGUCGUUCAGAAAGAGCGCCAUCACACAACAUCCCCCGCCUACAUACAGCCACUUCCCGCUACCUUACAAGGACAUACGCUUACUCCAAAACAUGACUCCACUCUACUCCAGAACAUAUCUGCCCCAACGGUCAUCAGUCCUGCGACAAACAGGCCACUACAAUUGUUAAUUUAUGAUUUAUAUCGGUUACUAUUUUUUUACGAAUUUCCUCGUUACGGAUAUUGCGCUUCAGAUACAUAGCCCACUCCAUAGUCUGCUGAGCAACCUUGAACUUGUGCAUGUCUUCAACUGUCCAUGUUUCUGCUCCACAUGUCAUCACAGGUAGGACACACUUGUGUAGUGUCUUAUUUUACGGUUUCGCUUUAUAGUAUAAUAUAAUUCAAUUCCUUUGUGGGUCUUAGCCUUCUGAACCAGUUUUCUUUGUUCAUUUCUGUUCUUUUUUUCCGUACAGAAUUUCCCCAAUUAUUGUGUGUCUUCUUUCACACAAUGUAUCCAAUUUUCCGUUCCUAUGGUCUCAUCAUCAGAUCAAUGAUUCACAUUUAAGAAAAGUUAUGCGAAAAUUUUGUUACGAAGCAAAGAGACUUUAUUUCUGAUCUCUUAAUUUUCAUAGUUUUAUCCCUUUCCAAGAGCUAAGCUAAAUUUUUCGAUGUGAAACUUCGUAAUACUUUUCUUGACAAAACAUUAAGGAUUGGUACUGAUUUUAUGGAAUAAAUGAUAAUUGUAUGUAAAUAUUGUAAAUACUUAGCGUAAAUAAAUUCCACACGUGUAAUCUA